CUCCAGCUGACCACUGAGUAACUGGACUGACUUGGAGUAAGCUCGAAGGGCUCCAGCUACAAUAUCCCAGCAGAAUGAAAUAUGCACAGUAUGUCUUCCUGGCAACACUCCUCUCCGGUAUUGAACACUGCCUGGCUCAAAGUUGUACAGUGGAUUCUUUCUCUGUGAAAGACAACUUCGACCCAAAGAGGUAUGCAGGGAAAUGGUAUGCCCUAGCAAAGAAGGACCCAGAAGGCCUCUUCCUUCAGGAUAACAUCUCUGCUGAAUACACCAUCGAGGAGGAUGGCACAAUGAUUGCAUCUUCCAAAGGCAGAGUGAAGCUCUUUGGAUUCUGGGUGAUCUGCGCAGAUAUGGCUGCUCAGUACACAGUCCCAGACCCCACCACUCCAGCGAAGAUGUACAUGAGUUACCAAGGUCUGGCUAGCUACUUGUCCAGUGGAGGGGACAACUACUGGGUGAUUGACACCGAUUAUGACAACUAUGCCAUUACUUAUGCCUGCCGCAGCCUGAAAGAGGAUGGCACUUGUGAUGAUGGAUACUCCCUUAUCUUCUCACGCAACCCUCGUGGGCUCCCACCAGCCAUCCAGCGCAUUGUGCGUCAGAAGCAGGAAGAGAUUUGCAUGUCUGGCCAGUUCCAGCCAGUGCUGCAGACAGGUGCCUGCUAAGGAAUUCCACUUGUGAUUCGAUAUCUAAGACCAGAAACUAGAUCUCUGGGUCUUGAAGUUGUCAGUCUCUUAAAAAUCAAAUAGUUUGGACCAAUGUUUUUUUCCUGAAAAACAUGUUAAAAUGUUGUUUUUUUGUAACCCGAGUGCAAUUUUCAAAGGAAUAACGUUAACGUGAUAUGUUUUUAAAAAAACCUCUAAACAUGAAUUUUGCUAUCUACUGCCUGUCUCAUUUAACCUAGCCUCAUAUUUUAAUUUUCAAGUAACAAAGCCUGGUGGGACAAGAAGGCGGAUGUGAGAUUGAUAAAGUGUGAUCCUCUCAUUCCAAGUUAAUACAUUUACUGCUAGUAACUAUUAGUGCUGAAAUGCCCCAGUUGGGGUUGGGGUCCCAUUGUGAUGGCUGUUUCGAGUCAGACAACUGGCAUCAAACCGAUUCAAACUAAGAACACAAUAUGGGAUCACACCAGAGGCUGGUUUUCUAAAAGCUCAGAAUACUGAAUCCCUGGUUCCUCUUAAGGGUUGAACAAGCUCCGCCUCAUCCAAGCCCUGUGCAGCUGCUUGAUCCAAUCUCCUGGCUACUAGUCCUAACAGUAGGUAUCAAAAUUCUUCCCACCACUGUCCUCCACCCUCCUGUCUCAUCAUCUGGGCCCAGGAGUUGCUUUUGUCUGUGCAGAGAGUCAGAGAAGUAAUGGGUAGUAGACCGUUCCUCUUAGGAAGAUG